GAAUCCAAAAGCGAACAAAAUGAUGGAUGCGCAGGGAGCGUCUGCUGUCGCUCUUGACGCGAUGUUUACAAUACCAUGGAAAAGUUUUUCCUGCCUUAACUUUUCCGGUCUCGUCAAGUACGCCACAACGCCGACGACUGUCACAAUUAUGGCUACGAACUUGAGAUGCCUCUUCAAAGAAACUCUCGAUGAAGACGCCCUCCAAGACAGAUGCAGGGCAAGACCUCAACCCCUCGAUCGAGGUUACGACGAAAGGCCUCGUGAGGCACCUUUCAGAUGGGUUGACAGCCGCGAUUGAACGCAGCUCCAAACACUCGCCCGAGCUGACAGCGACCAUCGAUUCAAGUUCGCUGGUGUUGGCAUUGAGCAUAGCAAUAGGAGAGGUCAAGUUCCUUUGGAAUUUCACGAUGGCUGCCCAGAGUGCUGAUGACUUCUAUUCACAGGUUACGCUUCCGAUGCUCGUGAUGCUGGCGGCCAUGAAGGAGCAGAGGGAACGGUUGUUCGCGUUGCUUAGCAAAAAAGACGCCGAGAUAAAGGACUACACUUCAUCAGGCGCGAGAGCCUCCAAAAGAAGUCUUCGCACGCUACCGUUUGAUGAGGCCGAGUUCAAGGAAGAGACGACGCGCGCUGGGGUGCUGAAGCGACAUUUCGCCAAUUUGACAGAAAGUGCGUUUGCUGGCGACGAACUCGGAAAAAUAAUGAAGGCUUACCAAGAGCUGUCUACUCUGAGUCCACAGAAGUCGAGCAGCCCGUCCGACAAGGAGUUGCCUGCAGAGUCUAGUGAACAGACAAGCGUGCCUAUUGAUGGCAUGCAUAACAGCACGCCAGUGCAGAGCAAGGCACUGUCUCCUGAAGUAACCCCUGAAAAACCCAAGAUCAAGAAAGCGAAAAAGCGCCUAAGGCUCUAGGACUCUAUAGAGCAGUCAUUGUAUUUAAAUUUGUCCUGUAAUGUACAGUAACAAGAUGAUUUGCUCUUUGGCGUUUUCUAGCAGAGAAUUUUUGCUUACCGUGUCACAAUGUUCUAUGCCAGUGGAAUUAUAAGUCAAAUUCGUUGUUAUGUAUCAAUGUAUGCAUAAGGGCCACGUGGUAUCUGCAAUGUACAAUGUAGUCAAAUUUAUAUAUAUACACACACACACAUAUAUAAUUUGAUUUUAUCGUAAAAUUUCUAACAAGGUCACGGCUUUCGCACUGUUAUAAGAGUGCACAUAAUGUUUACGAUUUUGAUAUUUAGAUCAAUUUUGCAAUGUCUCGCAUAUUGUGUUUUGAAGAAUGUAUCUGUUAAUUUUAACCCCUUCACCGUUUUGGAUGAGUGUAGCUCGUCAGCUUGAGAUAUCUCCGCAUGCGAAUUUUAAACGCAACUCAUUCGUUUGUGGGCUAGUUCAUGUGUUACUUCAGAUGGCAGUACUAACCUCUUAAUUUAUUUUUCUUUCAGCCACUGUUUUACAUGUUCUUGGCAACUAGUGUUCUGAAAAUUCCAUUCAGGGGAGGCGGCACGUGUGUUAUUGGUCAGUCGUUGCAGGAAAGAUUUUUGUCAUAGCCAGCAUGAUGAAAUCUUGUGAGAAUGCUGAGAAUCUUCGGACAGCGCUCUUCUUUUUUUUUUUAUUGUUGAUUAAGCCAGCCUUCUCACAUUAACUAUUAAUAAUUAACUUCAUUAUGCUAAUUUGACUUAAUAUGUGCUUCAAAUUUUUUUUUUCAGAUCAAUAACUUGCUUCUUGUAAAGCAAAUAUUCAUCUUUAAUAAAAGUCAGAAUUUUAGGGAGAAAGUUUCUCAAAAUAUCAAAACGGUUAAGGGGUGAAAUAGGAUUGUUGCUUGCACUUGUUUAUAUAUACAUGUAAGGAAUUUUAUCAAAAAAUUUUCUGUGUGCACUGCUGCCAUAAUGCUGCAAUUGUUACUGUAAUGUACGCAAUAUCGAUUUUACUGAAAUGGAAUCAAUUUUAUGUUCUGAAUGUUAUUUUGAGAUAAUCUUUUGGAUUCUGAGUGUAGUUCAGUAUUAAUGAUUCAUUUUGCAAAUGUGUUAAAACAACUUUUGCGUAGUUUUAUGUCAUAGCUACGGUAGAAAUAAUCGUAAUAAUAACUUAGCGGGUAUUGAGAGUUUAGAUUGGGACAGUUUUUUCCCCAUGAUAAUGUGUUUGGCUCCGUGUUCCUUGGCGCCACCUAAGCAUUACCUAAGUUGUCACAACCAGCACAACUUAUCUGUGCAGGCAUGCACUGUCACAAAAUUUUGAUGCAACAGAGUUAACGCAGCACGAACAAAUUGCCACAGGCUUUAUGACGCGAGACUAGAAAAUGCUUCAGACUAUGGCCUAGACAAAAACAUUUUUUCACGGGCUUCAGCAGUCUGUUACAAAUACUGGUCCUGAACUUUGCUGGGAUGAGUUUUGUCACUGUGCUACAGAAGGUAAUUUUAGAAUGUAACAACUAUUUUGGAGUGCGAGGAUUACUAGGGAUUGUGUUGAGCCAACAAGAUGUGCUUUUUUAUAGCUCUACAGUAAGUGCUUUGUGGGAGUUUGUGUAAAGAGCUUGCCCAUUGUGUUUUCAUUGGCAUAGCUUAUGUUGGUACUUGCUAACAACAGCUGUGACAAUUCAUUCUAAACACAAGAAAGAAGUAAAGACACCACAAACACUGCCUAACAGCUGCAAAGGUGCACAACAGCGGAAAAGAAAGAAGGCACGAAAACUUAUCUGCACAUGUCCAGGCAAUAGGCAAACCAAUCAAUCCGGCACGCGUGAGGGUCUACAUGAAAGAUAACUGUUGGGGCAUUUGAUUUCUUCUUUAUACAAGUUAAUCGACGGUUGACUCAUGCAUGCACUACCACUAUUAUUGAUAUGUCAUGCCUCAAUCCUUGGACGUGUUUCUUCAUUCCUGUCUCUGUACAAAACUGCGCGUUCAUCAAAUUUUGG